UAUUUACGUGUUUUGUUUUAUAUUAUGCACAGUUUUAGAUAAUAUACUAUAAAAAUGAUAGGCGAUAGGUGGCUUCCAUUGGAAUCUAAUCCUGAUGUAAUGAACCGGUAUAUCAAAGCACUUGGUGUUGAUACAGAUAAAUGGAAAUUUGUAGAUGUGUAUGGUUUAGAUGAUGAAUUGCUUGAAAUGGUUCCUCACCCUGCAUGUGCAAUACUUCUUUUAUUUCCUAUUAAUAGCAAUUAUGAAAAAAAUAGAAUUGAAGAAGAAGAAAAAGUGCGUAGUGAAGGUCAAUUUGUAUCCUCUUGCUUAUAUUUUAUGCCACAAACGAUCAGUAAUGCCUGCGGCACCCUAGGUGUAAUUCAUGCAAUAGCAAAUAACAUGGAAGUUCUACAAUGUGAAGGGUUGUUAAAAGCGUUUAUUGAGCAAAGCAAAGAUUUAUCACUUUCUGAAAAAGCGCUUAUGUUGCAAAAUGAUUCAGGUAUUACAAGUUGCCAUGAUAGUAGUGCUUUAGAAGGCCAAACCUUAGCUCCUUCUCGUGAAGAAAGUGUAAAUUUACAUUUUAUUGCUCUGGUUCAAAAAGAAGGUUAUCUCUAUGAGCUUGAUGGUCGACGGCCUUUUCCUAUUAAUCAUGGCCGUUCUAAUGAAGAAACCUUUUUAAAAGAUGCAGCAAUUGUCUGCAAAAAGUUUAUGGAAUUUGAUAAGGAAAGUUUACAGUUUAAUGUUGUUGCAUUAGCUAAAGUAAAUUAAAUUAAUUCAGUUGUAAUAUAAUUUGAAUAAUGUGAAAGGAAAAGUUGUGUAAAUAUUUUUUUAAAAAACGUAAGGGUUUCGUAUACAAUCCUAUUUUUAUUUUAUAUACAAUAAAUAAUGGUGUUUUUUUACAAUGAAAAAAAAUUCACCUUUUCAUCGAAAACGAUAUAAAUCAAACAAAAAUCUGUAUGUAAAAAAAAUUAAGUUACAACUUUUCCUGUCACCGACUCAUUUGAUGUUGGCUUUUAUAAUUUGUUCUUAAUUUUUUUUGAAGGGUUGGGGGGUUGAGAAUAAAAGAAAUUAUUUUUUUAUUAUAUAGUAUAAUUUUAUAUAAAUAUUUGUCACAAUUUAAAAAUUACUAUAAUUUUUUUAACAAAAUUACUAUAAAUUGUUUAAAACAUUUAUAUUUCAUUGUUAUAAAAUAGAUACGUAUUGUGUCUA